AAAAUUCUUCACCUAUUUCUCUAUUCAUCGUUUCAGCCUGUGUCAUCCUGUCGCGGUAACGGCGGUGAUUCCGUCCCAGUGGUCGGAAUGUGCGAUGCUGUUGGACGACCGGCUAAUUUAGGAGCCUAUAUUGACCGAUUAGUUGAAACACUAGUAGUAAACAGUACGGGUAGCCCACAACAACAACAACAACAACAACAACAACAACGGAUGGUAAGUCCAACUAUUUCGAGAGAGGAACAAUCCGAUCUCCCUUUGUCAUACAAUCAAAUAAAUUGUCUCGAAAAUGUCCAUCGCCUCCUGAAAUCCCAGUCUCGACCGGAAACACCCACGAAAUGCGAACAGGAUGAUUCAACUACAACUGCGUCCAUCCCGUUGACACGAGAAGUCCUACAAGCACACACGAGACGAUGGGAGGAACAAUAUCGAGACACUUGGCAUCGUCGUUUGAAACGAAUGUCAGCCGAGGUGUUACCCGGUGCCCCAGCCCAUAACUGUACGCCGCCUGCUCACUGGCCAACUGCGAAGCGAGAAGAGUUUUACCGUAGCCUCGCCCCGAAUCCUCCACCGCCACCGGGAAUCAACUUCCAGGUAAGCUUUGAUAGUAAUAUCUUUUGGGAAGGGUCUUUAAUACAUUCCUCUCCUACAGAUCACCACCAUACCGUUACCUCCCGUGGAUGA